AUGUCUUCCUGCGAAGGCUCCAACGAAUAUGACGGGCGCAUGGGCGUCCGCGUUUCGUCUAUUUUCGUCAUCCUUGUGACAUCUACCUUUGGCGCGGUUUUCCCAGUGAUGGCAAAACGUAGUAGACACAAACUGGUGCCAAACUGGGUCUUCUUCAUCGCAAAAUACUUUGGAUCCGGAGUCAUCAUUGCGACUGCAUUCAUCCACCUGCUUGCACCAGCAAAUGAAGCACUAGGCAACGAAUGCUUGACUGGCGUCAUCACCAAGUACCCCUGGCCAGAAGGCAUCGCCCUCAUGACCAUCUUUCUCAUGUUCUUCCUCGAGCUUAUGACGAUGCGCUACGGCAACUUUGGCGGCGGCCACCAACACGACGCCAGCCACACUCACGCAGCCAUCCCGCAAUCCAAGGCCGGUAGCAACAACAGCGUGGAAGAGAGCAAAAGCCACGACAUUGAAGCCGCCGCUCGCAACCCCAGCAUCCGUGGCAACGAUCAUCUCGGCCACCAGCGCCAACACAAUGCCAGCGGCGAGUACAAAUCCGACGACCACGAGCACCACGGCUUCGUCGCCAACGACUACGCCGCCCAGCUCACAGCCGUCUUCAUCCUCGAAUUCGGCGUCAUUUUCCACUCCAUCUUCAUCGGACUCACCCUCGCUGUCGCUGGCGACGAAUUCACCACGCUCUACAUUGUGCUCGUCUUCCACCAAAUGUUCGAGGGCCUCGGUUUGGGCGCCCGCCUCGCCGAAGUCUCCUGGCCCGCGUCCAAGCGCUGGACCCCGUACUUUCUCGGCAUCGGCUACGGGCUCUCCACCCCGAUUGCCAUUGCCAUUGGCCUGGGUGUUCGUCAGUCGUUUGCCCCAGAGUCCCGUACUACGCUUCUCUCCAACGGUAUCUUUGAUUCCAUCAGUGCCGGUAUCUUGAUCUAUACCGGUCUCGUGGAGCUUAUGGCGCAUGAGUUCAUGUUUAGCCCGUACAUGCAGAAUGGGCCUGUUAGCCGAACCCUCAAGGCGUUUGGACUUAUGACGCUUGGUGCUGGUUUGAUGGCUCUACUCGGUUACUGGGCUUAG